CAGCCCCCUUUCCCGCAGGGACCACCAGUGCACGCCUCCGACCCUGCGUCAGUCCGCGCCUGUACGGCACGCGCUGCUGGCCGGCCGCGUCUACAUCAGCCAGCGCAGUAAUCCCCCUCCCCGCAGAUGGUCCACGCAGCAUUUGGGGGUUAAGCUGCGGGGCUUGCCGCAGUGUGCGGGAGGGAUCCUUUUCUUCUCUCCUAAGGGACUUGGAAGAUGGAGCGCUUGGGAUUUGGAUGUUGUCUUUUGGUUUUGGUUUCUAGAGUUUAAAUAUUUUAUUUUCUACCAAAGAUGCAGAAAUCCUGCUCUAGGAGUGAGGCGGGGCUGUCAUGUAGAAUCAAAAGCAAUGGACUGGUAGGAUUAAUCUAAAGUCUUGGAAAUCGCCUGGUUCCUCACCUUUCUAAAACAACAGGCCUGAUGUUCCCGGGCUCCUUACCCUCUGACGUUCUCAUCUUUACUUUUUGCAAGGAUGCUGAGAGUCCUGAUGGGUUAGACUCCUGAGAGACCUUCUGUGCUUGACUGUGGUGGACCCUACACGUCUCACCCCUGAAAAUAGACCUACUACCCUUUCAGGAUGUUAGAAACCAAGGAAGACGGGAGUACUUUCUAUAGAAAGGGAGUGGUUACACAGGAUCCUCUGGCUGGAGGAGUCAGUGUCUUGCCUGAAGUGAUUCCUGCUGAGCGCGAGCGCAGGUCCGGACUGCAGAUUCUGACCAUGGCCUUUGCUAAUCUCCGGAAGGUCUUGAUCAGUGACAGCCUGGACCCUUGCUGCAGGAAGAUCCUAGAAGACGGAGGGCUGCAGGUGGUGGAGAAACAGAACUUGAGCAAAGAGGAUCUGAUAGCCGAGCUGCAGGAUUGCGAGGGGCUGAUCGUUCGCUCAGGGACCAAAGUGACGUCAGACGUCAUCAAUACUGCCGAGAAGCUCCGAGUGGUGGGCAGGGCGGGUACUGGGGUGGACAAUGUGGACUUGGAGGCAGCAACGAGAAAAGGCGUACUUGUCCUGAACACCCCCAGUGGGAACAGCAUCAGUGCUGCUGAGCUCACCUGUGGGAUGAUCAUGUGUUUGGCCAGACAGAUCCCUCAAGCCACAGCCUCAAUGAAGGAUGGAAAAUGGGAACGGAAAAAGUUCAUGGGGAUUGAGCUGUAUGGGAAAACCCUGGGGAUUCUGGGACUGGGGAGAAUCGGGAGAGAGGUGGCCACCAGAAUGCAGUCCUUUGGGAUGAAGACUGUGGGGUAUGACCCCAUCAUCUCUCCAGAGGUCUUGGCAUCCUUUGGUGUUCAGCAGCUGCCCCUGGAGCAGAUAUGGCCUCUCUGUGACUUCAUCACAGUGCAUACACCUCUCCUGCCCUCCACAACAGGUUUGCUGAACGACAACACCUUUGCCCAGUGCAAGAAGGGAGUGCGUGUGGUGAACUGUGCUCGAGGAGGGAUUGUGGAUGAGGGAGCCCUGCUGCGUGCCCUGCAGUCGGGCCAGUGUGGAGGGGCUGCCCUGGAUGUGUUCACAGAAGAGCCCCCUCGGGACCUGGCCCUGGUGAACCACGAGAAGGUCAUCAGCUGCCCCCACUUGGGUGCCAGCACCAAGGAAGCCCAGAGCCGGUGCGGGGAAGAAAUCGCAGUUCAGUUUGUGGACAUGGUGAAGGGGAAAUCUUUGUCUGGGGUUGUGAAUGCCCAGGCCCUCACCAGUGCCCUUUCCCCCAGUACCAGGCCCUGGCUUGGUCUGGCAGAAGCUCUGGGCACGUUGAUUCGAGCCUGGGCUGGGUCAUCCAAAGGGACCAUCCAAGUAGUGACACAGGGACCAACUCUGAAGAACUCGGGGAACUCUCUGAGCCCUGCAGUUAUUGUUGGCCUGCUGAGAGAAACAGCCACCCGGGCAGAAGUAAACUUGGUGAACGCGAGGCUCUUAAUGCAAGAAGCUGGACUCAAUGUCAUUGCCACCCACAAUCCAGCCUCCCCUCUGGAUCGUGGCAGUGAGGACAGCAGCUUGCUGACAGUCUCCGUGGCAGGUGCCCCUUACCAUGCGGUGGGUUCGGUACGAGGCACCACUCCUAUCCUGCAAGAACUCAAUGGUGCCAUCUUCAGAGCAGGAGUACCUCUCUCCCAGAACCUCCCCUUGCUAUUCUACAGGACCCCGUCCUCUGAUUCAGGGCUGCUGCCUACCAUGAUUGGUUCACUUCUCAGAGUUGGCCUCCUUGCUCUCUAUGGGAAGAUGCCUUCUCUUCAUUCCUUUUGAGAAGAUACUUCUGCCUCUGGAUUCCUUCCCACUACUUUCCAGACAGAGAAUAGGAAAUAGGGCCUCGACCUUCAGAUUAGGGAUCUCCCUUUAUUAAUUGUCUUAGAGUGUUGUUUAGGGCCUUCCUUCUUAACCUGUGGGUCGUGACCCCAUAUGGGGGUCCAAGUAACUGAAUGUGGGCAUCACAAAAAAUUUGGCA